GUGAAGAUGGAGACACUGAUUCAAAAGGAAAAUCAAGCAAGUAGAUUUUCUGGUAAAGAAAUGAAUACAGGACAAAAAGCCUCAACCAGUGUUCUUAGGCGUGGAACAAAGAGAAAGGAUCCACAGUUUGCGAGUUAUAAGAGAAGGGGUGAUCGGAAAUUAUUUUUAAAGAAAAUGGCAGAAAAUCCUAACCAGAAAGAAAUGUUCACUACAGAAACUAACUACUCUAGUUAUGAGAUGAUCAGGGCAAAGCACAACAGCUGUGGCAACAUACAUUUUUCUACUGAUCCUGAAGAGAAAGACCCAAAUUUGCAAACCAAGAAGGUCUUAACACCAAAAAGGAAUAAUCCAGUCAAGACAAUGGAAAUUCCUGGAGUUGAAGGCUUGUAUGAGAUACCAAAACGCUCAAUAAGCAAGAAAAUGGAGGUGGAUGUUGAAAAUGAUGUCAGUGACUCUGAUGAGGAUUAUAAUGAGGAAGAAGAUGAUGAUGAUGAUGAUGACUCCACUCUGAUUUCAUCACUAAGGAGAUCAAACCCUUCAAAAUGUAAAAGAAAUUGCAGAGCUUCAAAUGAGAAACAAACCUCCAAGAAAGUUAAAGAUGAUUCAAACAGUCUGAUUUCAUCACUAAGGAGAUCAAACCCUUCAAAAUGUAAAAGAAAUCAGGCUAAAGAUUGCAGAGCUUCAACUGAAAAACCAACCUCCAAGAAAGUCAAAGAUGAUUCAAACAAGAAAGAAAAGUCCAACGAAAAGCAGGAGGAAAAGGAAGAGGAAAUCAUGGACACCAAACAAAAUGAUGUUAACAACACCCCACAUCAUGAACGAGUAAUGAGAAAUCGUCGUGCUGCUUCUUCUAGAAACAAAAUUUUUGAAAAUGGUUUUUUCUUUGGGGUGUGGGAAGAUGAAGAAGAUGAUAUAGUAGUAAAAGAAGAAGAAGAUGAUGAUGAUUUUGGUGAUGAUGAUGAUGAUGAUUAUGUUGUUGAUGAUGAGGGUAAUGAAGAUGAAAAUGUAAUGUUGACACCAACACAUCAUCAUGAAUUGAAAGAUGUCAAGACAAAAGAAACUUUGAAAAAAGUGAAAUUAGAAAACGAUAUUGAUUUCAUUGAAGACAAAAAACAGAUGUCUUUUGUGAAAUCUACUUCUAGUAAAAGCAGUAGUUCUAGUGAUACAAUAACAAAAAGAAGAAUGAGGGACACUGGAGAUUGUAGCUCUGCUUCAUCAGAUCGCAUUACAACUACUGCUGACAACAUCAAGGAGCAGAAAAAAGGAAAGGAACAGUUGAAGUGUCAUCAAUGCAAGAGAAACGAUAGAAAGUAUGUUGUUCCAUGCACCAAAUGUUGUGAAACAUUAUACUGUAUUCAGUGCAUCAAACAAUGGUAUCCUGAUUUGUCAGAAGAAGAGGUUGCAGAAUUAUGCCCUUUUUGUCGUGGAAACUGCAACUGCAACUUGUGCUUACACUCAAAUAUUAAGAUGCCAAACAUGAAUCUCACAGAUGAUGAGAAGAUUGAGCAUCUUCACUAUCUAAUCAACUCACUCCUCCCGUUUCUGAAACAAAUUCGUGAAGAGCAAAUGGAGGAGAUAACCAUGGAAGCUUUUGUUCAAGGGGUAUCAGAGUCUUCAAUUUCAGUAGACCAGACAAGCUGUUUAAAUGAAGAACGUGUCUAUUGCAACCACUGUUCAACAUCAAUCACUGAUUUUCAUCGAAGCUGUCCAAAAUGCUUAUACGAGCUAUGUCUUAACUGCUGUCACGAGAUACGAAACAACAAUCUUGUUGGUCAAAGAAAAGUUGACUUUGGGUACACUGAUAAGGGUUUUGAUUACAUUCACGGGGGUGAACCUCUACAGGUUUCUUUCCAUGAAAAUCUACCAACUACCGAAUCUAAUUCCAUGAUCAAAUGGGUAGCAGAAAAUAAUGGGAAUAUAAUUUGUCCUCCAAAAGAAAUGGGUGGAUGCAAUGAGAGUAUGUUACAGCUCAAACGGAUCUUACCAAAGGACUGGAUUUCAAAUUUAGAAGCAAAAGCAAAGCUUAUAUUGAACAAAUUCAGACACAACCAACAAAAUAUCGUAUCAAAUACAAAUUCUCUUAUAUUUCGUGCUGAUUUAUACAUGAAAGCAGCCAACAGAAAAGAAUCAGAAUCAGAUGAUAACUACUUAUAUUGUCCUGCUUUUCAACAAGGCCUUAAGGGUGAAGAGCUGAUUCGAUUUCGUUACCAUUGGAGUAAAGGUGAACCGAUAAUUGUGAAGAAGGUUUUAGAACAGACACCUGGUUUAAGCUGGGAGCCAUUGGUGAUGUGGCGUGCAUUAUGUGAACAUGUGGAUCCAAAUGUCAGUUCCAAGAUGUCACAAGUGAAGGCUAUAGAUUGCUUAGCUGGUUGUGAGGUUGAAAUCAGUACUAGGAGAUUUUUCAAGGGUUAUACAGAAGGAAGGCAAUAUGUGAAUUCAUGGCCAGAGAUGCUAAAGCUGAAGGAUUGGCCCCCAUCUGAUAAGUUUGAAGACCUUUUGCCACGUCAUUGUGAUGAAUUCAUAAGCAUGUUGCCUUUCCAACUAUAUACUGAUCCAAGAGCAGGUUUUCUGAAUCUUGCUGUGAAAUUACCACCAGGGGUAUUAAAACCUGAUUUGGGUCCAAAGACAUAUAUUGCGUAUGGAAUGCUUCAAGAACUUGGAAGAGGGGAUUCUGUUACUAAGCUUCAUUGUGACAUGUCAGAUGCUGUGAAUAUUUUAACACACACAGCUGAAGUAUCAAUAAGUGAUGCUCAAAAGCUUGCAAUUAAAGAGUUAAAGAAAAGACACUGGUACCAGAAUAUAAGAGAGAACACCAUGACAGUUUCUGAACAUUCUGCAAAUGAGGAAGAAAACUCUAAUGAAAUUCUCAUAAGCACAAACAGAAUGAUUCAACCUAGUGGAGUUCCACUGGAUAAAACCUCUCCAAAAGAAGAAGAAGAAGAAGAAGAAACAGGUAGUGCUCUCUGGGACAUCUUUCGAAGACAAGACGUCCCAAAGUUACAUGAAUAUUUAUUGAAGUACUCAAAAGAAUUUCGACAUACAUAUUGUUGUCCUGUUGACCAGGUUUAUCACCCGAUUCAUGAUCAAACAUUUUACUUGACAAUGGAGCAUAAAAAGAGGCUAAAGCAGGAAUAUGGUAUAGAACCAUGGACCUUUGAACAAAAGUUGGGAGAGGCAGUUUUUAUUCCUGCUGGGUGUCCACACCAAGUGCGAAAUCUCAAGUCAUGUACGAAAGUCGCCGUGGAUUUCGUUUCUCCGGAGAAUAUACAAGAGUGCAUCCGACUAACACAGGAGUUCCGUAAGCUGCCCAUUAAUCACAAAGCUAGAGAAGACAAACUAGAGGUAAAGAAAAUGAUCCUGCACGCUAUGCGUCAAGCCAUUGCUGAUUUUGAGGAAUUAACGACUAGCCAGAAGUCAGAAGUCUUAGGAGAAUAAUAAGUAUUUUUAGUAGUAGAACAAAUACAGCAAAUGUUCUAACAACAUACAUACUUGGCUUCCUAGACUUUAUGCUUCUGUUUGUGGUGGUGUUAUCUCGAAAUGACUAGAUUUCGAGGUUAGGAAUAGAAACUAUAGUUAAUAGUAAUACAAGUAACAAUAAAGGGUCGCUUUUGAUAUAUUCAAAAUUGCUUUCGUGUUUGUCAUCAGACCAA